CGCGCACCAUGUUAUGGAGAACAACAAACGGCGAACGGAUCUCCAAAGCAACCUGACGCCUGGGCACCACUGGAAACAGGCACCAAGAGCGAUCCCACGUCCAUUUUGGGCUACCCCGUUUCCGAGGGAAACGGAGAAGUAGUCCCUAAAGACUGGAUAUAUGUACAUAAGACGGGGUCUACCGCAGCAUCCCCAACGGGUUGAACGGUGUUCUUUGGUUUGGCAUUUUCCUCACCUUGUACGCUUAAGGCUGCCAUUGCGAGAAGACUUAUUGUAACGCCCACUCGCGCCGUCCAAACAUUCAGGAUGUCUAAUUAUCAUGUCGAUCCUACACAUGGAGAGAACGUUCAGAGUUCGAAAGCCGUGCUGGGGAACCUGCCUAUCCCGCCCAAGUUUGAGGAUAAGAAGGAGGAGCGGGAAUGGUUGAAGUUCAGGCUCGCUCAAGCCUUGAGGAUCUUUGGCAACCUUGGCUAUGAUGAGGGCGUUACUGGACAUAUCACUGUCCGAGACUGCAUACGCACUGACUGCUUCUGGGUCAAUCCCUCGCGUAUCCACUUCUCCCUGAUUCAGCCAUCCGACUUACUCCUAGUGGACCAUGACGGCAAGAUUCAGGAAGGCAAAGGGCUUCUCAACACCGCGGCUUUCUUGAUCCACUCCGCUAUCCACGCUGCUCGUCCAGAUGUCAAUUGUGCUGCACACUCACACUCCAUUUACGGGCGAGCGUUUGCUUCGUUGGGCAAAGAGCUCGAUCCAUUGACGCAGGACAGUUGCGCGUUCUAUCAGGAUCAUGCCGUAUAUCGGUCUUACGGAGGUGUUGUCCUUGACAACGAGGAGGGGGCGCGAAUCGCCCAAGCAUUGGGCAACAAGAAGGCUGCGAUUCUGCAAAAUCACGGCAUUCUUGUUGCAUCCGGCACUAUUGAAGGUACCUUACACUUCUACACAGCCCUGGAGAAAUCAUGCCACGUCCAGCUCCUCGCUGACGCAGCAGCGUCUGGCACGGGCAGGAAGCCCAUCAGGAUCGACCACGAAGAUGCUUUCCUCACACACAAGACUAUCGGAAGCCCUUAUGCCGGCUGGUACUCUGGCCUAGUGCAAUUCCAAUUGUUGGAAGCUAAGGAGGGCGUGAAGUUCAAGUUCAGUGAGAAGGUCAAACUGUAGGAUGGAGAUAAACGGUUGUACUGAUAUGAUGUACGAGUAUUCAUUUUCUGUCUUUGUAUGCUAUGCGUCCCUUUGAAUUCACCUUUAGGCUUAUCUUUGUAUGAGGACAUAAUUUUCGCCUCGUGGCGUUGAGGUCAGGCUUCUUCAGAACGUCCGAGUCGUCGCUUGAAUGGCUACAAUUCCUUUGACAAUUUUUCAGCUUUACGAACGUGUCACUGACUGCGAUAGAUAUGUUGCCGUUCAUUUGACUA